AAAACUAAGCAAAACUACUCUUUCCGGCAAAAGUUUCGGGCUCGGGAGUCGCUGCCGUAUAGUUCAAGCUAUGAGCAAAUUAGCUCUCAAAAAGGAACCUAUUUCGAAGUUCCCAGUUGCUGUUGGUUUACGCUUGUUAGAAGCGAUGGAGUUUUGAUAACGAAUUGGAUGUUUUCACUUCUGUCCCUAGAAGUUUGGCUUGAAAGGAAGGUAAUUAUCAUGAUAAAACUUGGUCCAGUAGGGGGUACUGCAACUGCUUGGGAUGAUGGAGGCAAGGUUUCAAUCUCCCAGAUUUUCGUUUCUCAUGGACAAGUGAUCAAUUCUCUCCAGUAUCAGUAUAUAGAAAAUGGUGCCUUGGUUUUGUCGGAAAAACGCGGUGGUAGUGAUGGCCAUACUAGUCCCAAGUUUACUGUGGUCACACUUAACUAUCCAUCAGAGUUUCUGACUGCGAUAAGUGGUUCCUAUGGCUGGUUUAGUGCAUUGGAUGGUGUUCUAAUGCAAAUAGUGUCCUCAAUCACGUUCACCACCAACAUCAAGACAUACGGACCGUUUGGAUGCUGCCGCCAAAAUGAUGCUGCAUUUGAUUUUCAACUGGGGCAAGACAAUGGAUUUGGUGGUUUUCAUGGCAUUGCAGGCAUGUACCUUAACUCAAUCGGGGUUUAUGUGAAGCCGCAGACAAGCGUAUUAGAUCUUGACAAGGCUAAAAUUGCUAGUGGAGGUGGUGCAGCUGUUGCCUUUUCUGCUCCUGCUGCUGGCGGCUCUGCAGCUGCAGCUGCCCCAGCCGCAGCUGCGGUUGAGGAGAAGAAGGAAGAUCCGAAGGAAGAGAGUGAUGAUGACAUGGGAUUCUCUUUGUUCGAUUAGGUCGCUAUGUUUGGGUCUUCGGCAACAUUGGGGCUCAACUUUAUUCUUAAGUGCUUAUUUUGAAAUUUUGUUUUGUUUCCAUAGCGUAUGAUUGCUGUGUUUUUUACUGUUGACCUAUAAGAUGGAUCUAUUUGGUAGAAAAACUAGAUUUGUCCGUUUGAAGUUUUCUGUGCUUGUGGUAAUUCUUGAGUUGUCCAUGGUUUCUUGAAUUUCUCUCAUGUAUUGAAAAUGGCCGCAUCUAACUAGUUUAGUCGGCAAAUGCUUGGGCCUUAUUGGCAUGUUUGAUUCUCCUUAUUAGAUUAUUAGAAUGGUUUAUGAAUGCUGUAGAGAC